AUGAGUUCCAACCCCUUCUCUUCGUUUGUAAAGAGCGCCAAAAAGAAGAUAGAUCGGCAUGGCGACGGAUCUCAUGACGGGAAACGUCACAACGACCCGCUCCUGCACCUCUCCACCAAGAAACUGGGCAAAAUAGCUCCCGAGCAACUAGACAGAUACUCCAACAAAGAUCUUGAAUCCCUCCCAACAGAGCGACUUCAAGUGCUCCCCGCCGAAGUCCUCUCCAGACUAGACCACCGGGUUCUAGAUAGCCUACCAGGGGAAACCAUCGCCAAAUUGUCAACUGCUGCACAACUCAGACUCCAUCCAAGGGCUCUGGCAAAGAUACCCAUAGAUAUCCUAGCUACUAUCGACUCAGAUGUCCUCUUUCACGCCUUGCCUGGGAUUCAUCCGGAGGAACUUCGUGGCUCCAAGUUGGAGAACGCCAUUCACCGAAUAGGCCAUCAGCGACUGCAACAGCUGCAUCCGGACGUUAGGAAGAACUUGUCGAUACCUGUACCGGCUCCCGAUCCACAACUUCCAAUCCAGAAGCAUGAUAUUUCUAUGCACCCGUUGAACAAGGGGUUGCCGACUCUCCCGCAGUCGACGCACGACUUUGGCAUGUCAACCGAGUAUCUUGACAGUCACCCUGAGCAACAGCAGCAGCCAAGAGUGAUGUCCCUCACUGCGCAUUAUAACAAUUACAACACUGCCAAUGUCGACACAUCCGCCUUUUCUUCCCCAACUGAGCGGUCUGCGCCAUACGAAAGCUCGUCGUCUCCAACCUACACAUCCCCCGGUGGUCGGAUGAGUCCAAACGCUGUCAAGUCAGUUGCCACUGUCCCAGCAACGGCAUAUCCUCCAAAGAGCUCAGAUUCCAGGCCAUCGUAUGCACCGAGGAGGAACAGCAGUGUUUCCAGGGGGUCACAUACCCGGGCACGUUCGUCUAGCCGCCAUCGAGAGCGGGAGCGGGAGCGGGAAUAUCAUGCUUAUACCCCAGGUCCAGUGGCAGUCGCAGAAUAUGGACCUCCAAAGUUCGCAGAGCUUCCUCGAGACAUAUCGGAGAUGGGGCUUCCAACGCCACCGGUGAGGUCGAGUUCUCGCCUCUAUGAUGAUCUUUCCGUUUCCGAUCGGGACCGAGAAGUUAUCAAGCGAGCAGAGAGUUGGAAUGAUAAGCCCACGAGUCCUCGAGGAGAGAUCUCACGGAAAGAGACCCCCAAGGCAUCUCGAGAAAGCAUCGCCAGAGAUAAAGAAGACUCCAUGUCCAGAUCCAUGUCACCUCCAACAACAUCGACUUCAACCCCAUCAAGCCCAGAGGUAGCCUCCUUCGCCGAGCGCCAGCAGCGGGCUGCUGCCCAAGGGCAGACAACAUCAAGGGCAAAGGAUGACGCCGACUCGACUUACACGCACCAGGUAUUCCAAGAACACAUGAUCAAGGAGCUCAAAGCGGAAUCAGAAAGACUCAACAACCAGCUUGUCAACGCCAAGGCCAAGAACAUAGCACUGCUAGAUCGUCUGGACAAAUACCUGAACGAGAAGAAACCGAGCAAGACGUACAGAGGCGACGCCAUUGACGUGAUAAUUGCCUACUGCGAGGAGAUCUGCGACGUCAACACCAAGAAUUUCCAGGCAAGCAGGGACUGGGAAGAUAGGUACCUGUCGGAGAAGAAGCACCGCGAGGAAGUCGAGGACGACCUCGAUCACAAAUCUCAAGAGCUGCGCGCUGUAAAGGACAAGCUGCUCGGUUUACAAACCAGAGUGGGCGAGCUCAACAAGCACAACACGGAGCUACAAACCCAAGAAAGCUCGCUCCGCAACGAUCUCGGCCGUCUCGAGCGCGACAAUAAGGAGCUCCACAAAAAAUGCGAGAAGCAAAAGGCGCAUUCUGAUACUGCCAUCGAGAACAUCAGACGGCAGCAUGAAAGCGACGUGGCUCAACUGCGCCAGACCGUAGCAGAACAUGACAUCCAGAUGCGCGCCCAGCAAGAGCACUAUGAAACCCAGCUUCGCAACCAGAAGGAAGGAUACGCCCAAGAAAUGCAGAAACAACGGCUCUACUACGAGGGCCAAGUGAACUCCGCUCAUCAACAACUCGCCGACCAAGCCGAAUUGCAUCAGACCUUGCUGGCCCAGAAAACACAGGACGUGCAAGAUACCAUCGCCACAAUGCGCUCGCAGCACAAGGAAGAAUUCAACAGCCUGGAAGCGGCGUCCAACGAACAAAUCAGUGCCUUACAAGCGUCGCAUAACCAACAAAUUGCUGCGCAACAGAAAAAGCACGAGCAAGAUAUCCAGCGCUUGAACAAGAGACAUGCGCGCAACGUCGUCGACUUGAAAGAGAAGGUGCAGAGCUUGGAGAACGAUUUGGUGCUAGGUAACAAUGAUGAUUUCCGGCCGGCCACGGAUGAUGGUCUCAAGAUCCAGUACCGUCAGCUGAAGCUGUGUGUUGAUAUGGUUACUGAGCCUAUUAACUUGGGGAUUAGUGGGGUGCCGAAGAAUCUGGGAAAGCUGGAUCCGACGAGGUUCUUGGAGAGGGAAGGGAAGAAUCAGCUGAGGUUUUUGCUGAGGAGUGUAGUUUGGCAGAAGAUUGUUGAGGGGUUCUUUUCGGAGCCAUUUGGGUUUGGGGCGUUGGGGAACAAGGGAGAGGGGAGGGAGGUGUUGAGACGGGUGGUGGAUGGGUGGAGGGGGUUGUGUGGUUAUGAUGACGGCGGGGGUCUCUGUCGAAUGGAAGUAAAGGUAACAUCCCGAUCAUCAACAACAGACACCGACAUCCUAACGCCCUUCUUCCACUCCCGCGACGCCAACAAAUGGCGCUCCGCCACCUUCCAAUCCAUCCUCAUGGCCGUUGCGCCCCCUUCGUCCUCCAACUCUCGAAAAGGCCAACAGCAACAAGCGCCCAGUCCCAGCGGUACCCCCGGCCCUCCAGAAAAUCCCGCUAACACUCCUUACCACAACAAUGUCAACCAGGUCCAAUCCCAAAUCAUCGCCCUCCUCUCUUCCAUUUGCUCAGAGCCCUUGUCACCUGAGAUCCAAUCCAAAGUAUCCGAGCUAGCUCGUCAAGCCGGAGAAUUAGCACUCCAGUUUGGUGCUCAACGGGCGCAGCUAGGGUUGGAGGUGCCCAAGAGGGGAGAGCAAGUGAAGAUUGGCACGGAGUCAGGUUGGGUGGAUUGCGAAGACGGGGACUCUUUUGGCGGGAGAAGGGGGGUAGAGGUGGAGGUUGACUUGUGUGUAAGUCCGAAGGUUUAUAGAGUGGGGGAUAUGGAUGGGCGGAACAUGGGAGAUAAGAAGGGGGCGAAGAUGAAAGCGAUUGUUGCUGGGGAGGUGUAUCCUAGGCGGUCGUAG